UGAGUUGGCUGAGGACUGUCUUGCUGAGUCCUCCGUGCUCACCGAGUGGGAGGGUCACACUGAAGGGACGAAUAAGGGCAGAGAUGCGUCCCGCUUCCACUCGCUGGGAGCUGGAGCGGGCCACUCCGCGGCGGUGCGGCAGCCUUGUCCGGACUCCACCGCGCCUCCCAGGGACUCUGACACCAACCCAAGAUCUGUGGCCAUUUGUUUCCAUGGUUACAAGGCACAAUGAGGCACACUGGCUCUUGGAAAUUGUGGACCUGGGUGACAACCUUCCUGCUUCCUGCCUGUACCUGUCUGACAGUCAGGGACAAGCCAGAAACAACCUGCCCUACACUGAGAACAGAGAGAUAUCAAGAUGACAGAAACAAAUCUGAAUUGUCAGGCUUUGAUCUGGGAGAAAGCUUUGCUCUGAGGCGUGCAUUUUGCGAAGGUGAUAAAACCUGUUUCAAGUUGGGAAGCGCGCUUCUUAUUAGAGACACUGUUAAGAUAUUUCCCAAAGGCCUUCCAGAGGAAUAUGCUAUCGCUGUCAUGUUUCGGGUACGAAGAAGCACCAAAAAGGAACGGUGGUUUUUAUGGAAGAUUUUAAACCAGCAGAAUAUGGCCCAGAUAUCUGUAGUGAUCGAUGGUACGAAGAAGGUGGUUGAAUUUAUGUUCCGAGGUGCUGAGGGAGAUCUGUUGAACUAUGUUUUUAAGAAUCGAGAACUCCGUCCUCUCUUUGAUCGUCAAUGGCAUAAACUUGGCAUUGGCGUGCAAUCCCGAGUCCUUUCUCUCUAUAUGGAUUGCAAUUUAAUUGCAAGUCGACACACGGAAGAAAAGAAUUCUGUGGAUUUUCAAGGAAGGACAAUCAUUGCUGCACAAGCUUCAGAUGGCAAACCUGUGGAUAUCGAACUUCACCAACUUAGAAUCUACUGCAAUGCAAACUUCCUCGCUGAAGAAUCAUGUUGCAACUUAUCACCUACUAAGUGUCCAGAGCAAGACAACUUUGGAAGUACUACUUCAUCCUGGGUGACCUCUAACACUGGUAAAAUGUCUUCAUAUCUGCCAGGAAAGCAGGAACUUAAAGACACAUGCCAGUGUGUUCCAAACAAGGAGGAAGCAGGAUUACCAGGAACUCUCAGAUCCUUUGGACAUAAGGGCGACAAAGGAGAGCCGGGUGAACAUGGCUUACAUGGUACUCCAGGAUUACCUGGUCAAAAGGGAGAACAAGGACUUGAAGGCAUCAAAGGAGAAAUUGGUGAAAAGGGUGAACCAGGAGCCAAAGGAGACUCUGGUCUGGAUGGCCUCAAUGGACAAGAUGGUUUGAAAGGUGACUCGGGUCCUCAAGGUCCACCUGGCCCAAAAGGAGAAAAGGGUGAUAUGGGACCUCCAGGGCCACCAGCCUUAACUGGCUCCAUAGGAAUCCAAGGUCCCCAGGGUCCACCUGGCAAAGAAGGCCAAAGGGGAAGACGAGGGAAAACAGGACCCCCAGGAAAUCCAGGACCUCCAGGACCACCCGGACCUCCUGGGUUACAAGGACUACAGCAGCCUUUUGGUGGAUAUUUCAAUAAGGGAACUGGUGAGCACGCAGCUAGUGGCCCCAAAGGAGAAAAGGGCGAUACUGGGCUGCCCGGAUUUCCAGGGUCUGUUGGCCCUAAAGGACACAAAGGAGAACCUGGGGAGCCUUUAACUAAAGGUGAAAAGGGAGAUAGAGGAGAACCCGGCCUAUUAGGACCACAGGGAAUAAAGGGGGAACCUGGAGAUCCUGGUCCCCCUGGUUUACUAGGAAGCCCAGGGCUAAAGGGUCAGCAAGGACCUGCAGGUUCCAUGGGGCCCAGAGGACCACCAGGAGAUGUUGGACUGCCAGGAGAGCAUGGUAUUCCAGGAAAACAAGGCAUUAAGGGAGAAAAGGGAGAUCCAGGUGGAAGGCUAGGCCCUCCUGGACUUCCAGGUCUGAAGGGUGAUGCUGGGCCUCCAGGGAUAAGCCUGCCAGGGAAACCAGGGUUAGAUGGAAAUCCGGGAUCACCUGGUCCACGUGGGCCAAAGGGUGAAAGAGGUCUGCCUGGGCUCCACGGUUCCCCUGGGGACACAGGCCCACCAGGUGUAGGAAUCCCUGGUAGAACAGGCUCCCAAGGACCAGCCGGAGAGCCAGGUAUUCAGGGUCCUCGAGGUCUGCCUGGAUUGCCAGGAACUCCAGGGAUGCCAGGGAAUGACGGAGCUCCAGGGAAAGAUGGAAAGCCAGGCCUUCCAGGCCCCCCAGGUGACCCGAUCGCACUUCCUCUCUUGGGAGACAUUGGCGCCCUGCUGAAGAACUUCUGUGGCAACUGUCAAGCCAAUGUCCCUGGGCUGAAAAGCAUUAAAGGGGAUGAAGGAAGCACUGGGGAGCCUGGAAAGUAUGAUCCUGCAGCCAGGAAGGGUGAUGUAGGGCCACGAGGUCCUCCGGGAUUCCCAGGCAGAGAAGGGCCAAAGGGAAGCAAAGGAGAGCGGGGCUACCCUGGAAUACACGGGGAGAAAGGCGAUGAGGGUCUUCAAGGAAUCCCUGGCCUCUCGGGAGCUCCUGGCCCAACUGGACCCCCUGGCUUAACAGGAAGAACUGGACAUCCUGGUCCCACUGGAGCAAAAGGUGACAAGGGUAGUGAGGGACCCCCUGGGAAACCUGGACCUCCUGGACCCCCUGGUGUCCUGCUCAAUGAGGGAAAUGGCAUGAGCAGUUUAUAUAAAAUCCAGGGAGGGGUGAAUGUUCCCAGUUACCCAGGACCUCCGGGCCCCCCAGGCCCAAAAGGUGAUCCUGGCCCAGUGGGAGAGCCUGGUGCAAUGGGCUUGCCAGGACUAGAAGGAUUUCCUGGUGUAAAGGGAGAUCGAGGCCCAGCGGGCCCCCCAGGCAUAGCCGGCAUAUCGGGAAAACCAGGUGCCCCAGGCCCUCCAGGAGUACCAGGGGAGCAGGGUGAAAGAGGACCUAUUGGAGAAACAGGUUUUCCUGGACCAGAGGGACCCUCGGGGAAGCCAGGCAUAAAUGGAAAAGAUGGAUUACCGGGUGCUCAGGGCAUCAUGGGUAAACCUGGAGACAGAGGCCCCAAAGGAGAACGCGGUGAUCAGGGAAUUCCAGGAGACAGAGGCCCACAAGGUGAACGUGGGAAGCCAGGUCUUACGGGCAUGAAGGGGGCUAUAGGCCCUGUGGGACCAGCAGGAAGCAAGGGCUCCACGGGACCACCUGGCCACCAAGGCCCUCCAGGCUCCCCUGGCAUCCCUGGCACUCCGGCUGAUGCUGUUUCAUUUGAAGAAAUAAAAAAGUACAUUAAUCAAGAGGUCCUAAGGAUUUUUGAAGAGAGGAUGGCUGUGUUUCUAUCCCAGCUUAAACUGCCAGCAGCAAUGUUGUCUGCUCAAGCUCAUGGGAGGCCUGGCCCACCAGGAAAGGACGGGUUACCUGGACCACCAGGAGAUCCAGGGCCCCAAGGCUACCGAGGACAGAAGGGAGAAAGAGGUGAACCUGGAAUUGGGCUGCCGGGGAGUCCGGGUCUUCCUGGAUCUUCAGCAGUGGGUUUGCCGGGCUCACCAGGUGCCCCGGGGCCUCAAGGACCCCCGGGACCCAGUGGAAGAUGUAAUCCAGAAGAUUGCCUCUAUCCUGCACCUCCUCCCCACCAGCAGGCAGGCGGGAAGUGAAAAAGAUGGAGGAAGACAUCGCGUCUACUGCUAUCUCCAGGCCACUUGAGCCGCCACUGCAGGCUUCACAACCACGUGCUCUCAAGGCUUACGAGUUUUUGGACUGCUUUAUUUUAUUUUUCUGAAACAGGAGCAGACAUCCAAAGCAACCAUCUGAGUCCUAUUCUGACAGUAAGAGCAGAUCCGUAUUUUCAGAUGUUUGCCAACUUCUUUCCAUACGCUCUGUUUUAUUGUGGCUCUGAGUUCUAAGGCUUCGGAAGAAAAAUGCAAGCGAGCCUGUCACGGGCUCUUCAGGAAAAAAAAUCACGUGAGACGAUUUGGUACACAGACGACACAGACCUUGUGAACUCGUCAACGUGACUAGCUUUUGAUUCCUGAAUUUUAACUUUUCUAACUUAUCUUGAUUAUUUUCUUCAUAUUUGAAUUUACUAUCGUUUUAGUUUUUCUUUCUGCUCUUUUGAGAUUGAAGUAGUACAUUAUUACUGCUGUUGACUGUCUUAGGACUGAUUUUCACAAGAAGUCCUAUACUGUCCUAUAUUCAUUCGAUUUAUGCAGAAAAAAUAUGCAAUAAGAGAUUCGCUUCUAACUUAUUAAAAACAAAACUAUGUGAGACUCUUUAUCAGGAAGCCCCCAAAGUCAUCAUAGCCAACUACUGAAAUGCUUUUGGCUUUUUUUGGAGCACGCCUCACUGACACGAACACAUGCUACAUUAAAAAAAAAAAAAAAAUGAAGAAUCAACUUGACCCUAUACCCAAGUCUGUGAGUCUCCUAUGGUGAACUAAAAGUGGUUUGUCUUCUCGAAGCCAUUCUUGGUGGUAAAGGCGCCAGGCUGUCUUUGGUACCUGGCAGGUUUUAGCAGCCUAGCAAGACCUUUGUGCUUCUUUAUGCAUUCUUUUUUUCUGACUUUAUGAUCCCCAGACCCGACCCGCCAUCAGAGAAAAGCACAGGAUUUGUAAUGACCCAGAAAAGAGGAGUCCUCAUCUUGGAAACAGAGCGGAGGGUCAGCAAAGGCAUGUUGAGUAAGUGAAGCCCUCAUGCUCUUAGAAGAUGAAUGUUUCCUCAGAAACCAUCGAAAGGUCCAGCUCAGCAGAGGAAAGCCAAGAGACUUCACCCGAAAGUCACUAUGUGCUUCAAAACCGCAUGCUCAGGGGUUAGGGAUUUGACUUCGCAGUGGAGUGCUUGCCUAGCAAGCAGCGUGGCCUUGGGUUCCGUCCUCAGCCCCGGAGGAAAGAAACAUACUUGCUCUGAAAGGAAGCAAAAUCCCAGUGGUCUUGGCUGAAAAUCUUUUUACUCCCUACCUGUUCAUUGCUUGGAGAAACCUUGGGUGGGGAAAACUGAUUUCCUAGAAUACUGAGCACAAGGUACAAGGGCUUUGCUGAUAGUUAGCUCGUGGGUACCACUGACGCUGAGAGCAUGCCACCAGAGCCCUUCAGUCUCAUGCCUCUAAGAGCAUAGGAUUAGAGAGGAUGAUUUUGGUCUGUUCAUUGAAAAAAGACAAUGGGUAUAGAAAAGCAACCCACUGAAAGUGGGAAAAGCUGUGAACAGUGUUUUCCUGAGAAGCAUGCCUGACAUCAGGCAGAAUUUGUUUAAAUGCACCCAUGAUUUGAACUGGUUUUCAUUAUAAACAAAUGAGCUGCUGGCCCGGUACUGUCAACAUGGCUGUGCAUAAAAUAACCUUUUAGGUAUUUCAUAUUGAGUUUUGCUGUAUAUUUCAAUCCAAGUUUAUUUAUUUUCCAAGUCUACUUUAUUUAUUUCCACUGUUUUGGGCUUAAAAUUGCUUAUUCCUUUGUUUUCUUUUGUAUUCAAUACCUACAAUGGUGCUGUGUUUUUAACUUGCACAAUUGGAGUAUGCAAAUGUUUGCAUAAGUGUCUUCAUAGCCAACUGAUAAUCUACCCCCCAAAUGUAUAUAAGGUGAAAAGUUGGUGCUAUGUGUAUAUUUUGAGCUUCUAAUUUGUUGAAUUUUCUGAAAACAUACACUUUACCUGGCAUAUUAAUUUACUUGAAUUUGCUGUAUAGCAAAGACUUUUCUAUGUUUUCAAAGAUUAUUUUUCAUAUUAAUUGACAGGUUAUUUAUCCUUUUGCAUUUUGGAUUAUUCAAAAAUAUUUAUUUUGUAAUUUUAAUAUUUUCAUGAACAUUUUAUUUGGCUGGUGGUGGGUGAUUAGUGUAUUUGGUAGUUUGUUUUUGUUUUUUUGUUUAUUUAUUUUUUUUGGUUGAUCAAUUGAUAUGAUACAACUCAUUUUCUUGUUUUGCAAAUUAUAUUUACUCCAGUUCCACAGAACAGAAUUCUUUCUUACAAAUUGGGUGGUUCUUACUCCUCCUUUUCCUAAUUUUUGUGACUGCAUGACUGGCUUAUUCCUGUUUCAAGGAUUUAGAUUUGUUCCCAUGGCUUGAGGACUCUGUCACGGUGAUUCAAGCUCAUUUUUAGAACUUGGGACAUGUGACUGAUUCUGACAUAAGCAGAGAGAUGGGCCUGGGUGAUACAGCUCAAACCAUCAAUCUACGGUUAUUCGUCUUCAGGUUUUCUUUUCUUCUGCCUUGGCUCUAUUUGUAACAAAAAGCUUUAAGGAGCACUUGGUCAGGCUAACACAACAAAGAAAUUGGCAGGUUCUCAGCCCCUUCGUAAAAACAAACAGGAUAAUUUGGUCCCCAAAGCAGGAUAAGGAAUAUCCCACUAAAUAACCAUUUGUUCCUGGUAUUGUUUAUAGCAAAGGAAAAGAAUUAUCGAUUUUCUCUCAUUUUGUACUUCAGAUCUGCUUAAAUACAAAAUAAUUACAGGCCACAGUGGCAAUGUUAAAACUGUUUUGUUUUGUUUUUUUCCGUAAACAAGGAUGUCUGAAUUCAAGUAAGUCCUAAACUACACCAGUUCAGUUAGCAAUUUUUGGUAGAAUUUUCUUAUGUAGAGAAGAUCUGUCCUCCAUUAAAAUCUGCUUUGCUUUUAGAAUCUAAAGAAAGAGAAUAUAUGUGUGCAUUGUUCCUCCCAGCUGAAGACAUUGGCCAUUACUCCUAACCACAGUGGAUUCUUCAACUUCUUACCUUAACCAGAGCUGUGUAGUCACUUCAACCUGUGUGGUCCCCUCCCCACCACCACCACCACCUUUGGAAAAUUAAACCUUUGCCUACUUAUAGAGACUAAGGAAUUAUUUUAUGAUAUACUGCCUAAAUUCUCAUUUAAUGUUCAGCUUAUAAAGUAAUUUCCACGACUAUGUCUUAGACAUUAAUUAUGGCUUAGCUCUUCUGCAGCUUCUGAGAAGCUUAUGAUAUACCUCCUACUGUCCACAAGGUGGUGUCUGAGGCAGUUUGUUCAGAACUGAACACGGAUUCACAGAAGCCUAGAACCUGGAAAAGUCUGGUGAACAACUAAGUCACACAUUGGCCCUUGCACUUUAUUUUUGGCAAUAUUCUUUGUAAAUUAUAUUUCAUUUUACUAAUUAGUGUUUUUCCAAAUUUUCAGUAUCUUUGUAAAGCAGGCACAAUAACUUUUGGUUUGUUGAUUUUUUUCACUUGUAUUUAUUGACUGUGUGUAUACCCAUACUUGUAUGCAAAUCUGCUAUAAGGUUGUCUUAUGCUACUAUUGUAUUUUCGUAACUAACGUUCACACACCGGCACACACCUGCAUUCAUCCUCCCUUGCAGACAGAGCAGACAUUCUUUUGACAAAUGAAAACACUUAGCUUACCGCAAGAAGUAGACAAUGUAUACUGCACGAUGUCCAAACUCCUAACUGCGCUAGAUAAAUUUGUACAGUGUCUAUUUUCCUAGAAACAUGGCACUAUUUAACAAUGGUUUUCAGAAUUCCAUCUUUUUCUUUUAAUGCCAUCUUUUUUCCAGUGUUGGUAAUUCUAUCCAAGACAGAAGUAAGUCCAGUGAUGCUGAGGCUGUUUGAGUGACCUUUGAAUGACCUAUGGAAGAGCUGAGCAGAGUUGACCUUUGCCCUUGUUCUGAGUUACUUACCGUACUUGUUUAUAUGCAUCUACUUUGUAAAGACUCAUGGUGUUUUCUAUCCUGGCUACAUAGCAGGAUACAUACAUACAUACAUACAUACAUACAUACAUACACACAUACACUCCCCACCCUGGCCCUUUUAUUCCUCUUCUCCCAGAGAUUGACCAGACCCCUAUGAGGAGAUCCCGAGCAGAAUUUAUUAACCCUUUAAGUCAUGUGCAUCAAUGUCAUGUCGACCAUUGGCAUUCAUUCGUCAGCCAGUAGGUAUAGUAGCAUUUGUUGUGUUCAAUUUGUUCAAUGAAGAGGACUUACAGGAAUCAGGAAAAGAGGUUAUCUGUGUUUCUAUUUAUUAAUGUAGUUGGAGCUAUCAUGGUAACAUUUCACUGAGCAAAAUCAUAUAGAAAAUCUCAUCAUUUUGGUUGAAUUGACCUCAGCUCCAAGAGGACACAAGGAACACUAGGGCAGAGAAGUAGACCCAGCAAGAAAAAAAAAUUAUCCAAAAGAUGAUACAAAGCUAGGAACAUCUACAUGGAAAAAUUUUAAGAUUAAUUCCAGUAGUGCUUUGUGGUAGAACUCAAGAAGUGAACUUCUUGCUUCAGCAACACAGGCAUCACUAAACUCAGGACUAACAACUUAAAAUUUAACUCAAGUCUGGGUGUUGGCUUGACCAUAAUAAACUUAUGAGCAUAAAGAUGCAAUUUUACAACUUUCUAUUUUGCUGUGGUACUUAAGAAGCAU